CUAAUGACGCAGCGGUAGGCCUUCCAUACCUGUAGGUUACCUGUGGGGGAUACUACACCUUUCUUAGAUAAAUACCUACUGUGUUAUUUAAUGUGUUCAAUUUGGACUACAGGUGUGUAUAGGGUACCCCUAAGGUACUAAUCAAGCAACUGUUGUGUUAUUAUUACAGGACUACAGGACCAUAUAACAAAUACCUAUACAGGCCUAGACAUACUUAGGAAAAAGGUGAAGAGAAAACCAAAGAUGCAGACACUUCCAUGUGCAACGACUCCAAUGCUAUUCUUGUUGACAAUGGGGAACGCUUGGCUAGUUGAAGCAUUAUGAAAGAACCCAGUCCGAUUGCUCGCCAAGCCACAUUCAACACUGGGCUAGCAGAAUCCGAGUUCCUCUUGGAUAAACCAUAUGGUUCUAGUCAUAGACCUGUUGUCAAAGAAAGAGACAUUAAGGUCACAUCACUGCACGGUACUCAAGCUUAUUUAAAGAACCCAAAAGCAGCCAAUCAAAACAUUCACGUCAACUCUAAUGAUGUUCAUUCAGACAUUGUCAGUCCGGAGACAGUCCCAUCUAUUUCAUUAUCAGUUAGGAACAAAGUGAAAAAGAAGCCAAGGAUUCGUGUUCCGCAUCUAGAUUUUAGUACCCAGGAAGCAACUAUUGAAGAGGAGACCACUCAGGACUUACUUUUUGUACAGAGAGCUACUAGCAAGGAGCUCAAUCAAGACCUGACCCCACGUAGCAUACGUUCCAACACAAUCAUUGUUACAAGUCCUAAGUUCAGAAAAUCCAGUUCCUUGACUUUGAUUCCAAGAGAAACACCAGACGGCAGAAAAAAGAAAAGUCAUGAAGUGACGAUAAUAGAUGUUGCAAGUCUCAAUAAGACACAGACUCUUGCAGAUUCGAAAAGUUCAAAUGAAAUACUAGAAUAUGAUCACAGAGCAUUAAAAUCCAUUCACCAGACAACUACCAAAACCCCAGCAUUUGAUAAAACAACCACAAGAAAACCUAACAAGCGUAAUGACCAGAACUCUUUGGUGAAUCAAAAUACAGAUUUUCAAGCCAAAAGAAACUUUAGUAGACAAAAUACCGAUCAAGAAGACGACUCAGACCAGCACAAAAGUAUCAGGGGGAAUCUGAUCUCUGGUAAGAUCACACAAGAUUCCCAAUUACACUCUAAGGAUAAAAUAUCGAAGCGGCAAAACAUUUCUACAGACAUGGCAGAGUCUCGAAAAUACGUUUCCGAACAUGAAACAUUUGAAGAAGUGUUGCAAGACCGAAACUCUUUACUGAAGUCAGAAACUACGUACCACAAGAGAAUACGGCAGUUAGAAGACGAGCUCAAGGCCAUAGUACUUCAAUGUCAGACAUUGUCAGAAGAAAACAAAAAGUUGAGAGAAAAGUUGGACAAACUGAAACAAGAAAAUCCAGAGAGCAAGAAACAGAUCGCUUCCUUGGUAGCUGAAAAUUCAAACUUGAACUCACAAAACGAAGAACUCAGAAAGAAAGUUACAGCGUUAGAGAAACAAUUGAAUGUAAACAGUAAGCAUGAAAGUCGAAUUUCUGAGUUGGAGUCUAAAAAUGAUGCACUGGACUCCAGAGUGGCUGAGCUGCAAAAAGAAAAUAAUGGAUUGAAGUUGAAAAUAACGUCUUUAGAAGACAAGAAUCAAAUUAUUUCAACGACUUUACAAGAAAAACGCAAAGAAAAUAACGACCUGAUGCGUGCAAUAAAGGACGCUCCAGCAUUAGAGACAAAACUAAGAGAGUCCAACUUGAAGUUGGAAGAAGCACAGAGAGAACUUGAGACGAUUAAACACGACCUUUAUGAAACAAGUCGUCUGCUGAAGAAUUCCGAGCAGACGAGCGAAAAGCUAAAAGAAAGCAUUUCCGAAAAAGACAGCGAGAUAGCUGAAAUGAUGAAAGAUAGAGAAAACGACCGGCAGACAAUAGAUGAGCUAAAAAAUAAUGUCGACAAAAGCAGACAUGAGCUGAAGAAAUAUGAAAGUAAAAACCAAUCUUACAAAGAUUUAGAAAUUAAGGCAGCGGGAUUAAAGUCAAAGAUUACCUCCCUUAGAGCCCACGUAGAGAGCAUUGCAGGGGAAAACUCCAAAUUGAAGCAAGAAAGAGAAGAAAUGCAGAGACAAGUUGAAAGGUUAAAUGAAGUCUGCUCGGCUAACGCUAACGCUGCAGCUGACAGUAAAAAGUAUUUUAAAAAGUGGCAGUCAGAACGCGAUGCUCGAAUGAAGGCAGAGAAUGAAAUAAUUCAAAAAGAAAAAGAAUCGCGAAGUAUUGAGAAAAGACUAAAAGAAACCGAGCAGACGAUUCAGGAGCUUCAAAAAAGAAUUAAUUCUUUAGAAGAAGAAAAUGAAAAACUUAAAUCCAGGGACACGAAAGAUUUAACUUCUGACAAUAACACUUUAAAAGAAGAGAACAAAAAAUUGAGACAAAUGUUAGUAGAACGAAAUAUUGAACUGACCAACAAAAAGGCAGAAAUAGAAAAUGGUGAAGGUGAAGGCCAAAUUCUUUAUUUAGAACGAAAAAGUCAUUUGGCCAAAGUGGGCGUGCACAAUGUCUCUGUUUGGUCCAAGGACGAACACGAAACACGGGAAAAAGGAAAAGGUUACUCUGUCUCAUUCGCAGGAGCAGACAAGCAUGCUGUAAAGAAGAAAUUUAAAAACAAAGACGGUCAGAAUUCAAAGGACGUCUCACCGAAGUCUCACACAGCAGACGUACAGAAGUCUCACUCAGCAGACCUAAGUCCAAGGACAGUUAAAAGGAAUCCGUUGAGACCCUCUGCAAAAGAUGACUCCAGCGAGGCAGUCAAGAGGACAAGCAUCAACUUACCUCAAAUCGACGGGAGUAGUAGUGACACUUUGUCGGAACAUCAGGCAGGCUACUUCAAUCUUUACAGGGAGAAAUUAAAACGCAAGAAUGGCAGACGGUAUUAACCGUUUCUAGGAUUAUAAGUUACCUGUGCUAUAUGUUUUUAUAUUGAAAGCUACAAGCUCAAUGUUUAAAACGGGUGUUUUUCGGACGCUAUUGCGUUUAUACUGUAUAAGCAUCUGUAACGAUGUGCGCAACCAAGGUACUUCUUUCCUGCCGGUCACUACUCACAAGAAUUAAAGAAGCAUGCCAGUUUACGCCAACUCAAUGUCCAAUUAUCCUUAUUGAGUAUACACUCCAUGGUACAUUUAGAGAUUUGUAACACAGUAACAAGUCUUGGAAUACCAUCCAUAAUCGUAGCUAUUUUGGAGUACUGCGCUGUUAGCUUGACCGUAAAGGAUCCUAACUAUCAUCAGUACCGUAGUGCUAGACAUCUACAACCAAUGGAAAUACAUCCAUCAUGUGCAUUUGGUGUUAGGUGUAUUUUCAUUCAACACAGAUGUAACAUCUGAACUAUCUGACGGCAGUACUUUCGUCACCUCUAAAACAUCUUGAUCUCUUUUUUUUUUUUUAAAAAAAAGCUUAUCUAAGGGGAAGAACUACAGAAUCAUUGUACAUUUCAAUACUGCAGGAAUAAGCUCCCUUUUUACUAUACAAAACAAAAUUAAAAAUUGACAUUUCUCAAGGAGUAGGAUUUAUUCCCUUAUUGUCUCUACCAAACAAAAGAAUCCAUUACCAGGGGAUUAAUUAAUUCAUAGGUUAUUUUGUUUUAUUAAUUCAUAGUUUGCUAGGUACAAUAAAUAAUUGAUCUGAGAAUGGGUAUGUGAGAAAUAACAUACACAAUUUGUACCAGACAGACAGAGUGAUUUGAUAUAAGCUUAGUAAAAAGCAACACGAUUUUGUACUACUGUGUUGAGCUUAUCUUUGCCUUGGUUGCACAGUGUAAGGAAUUAACUCAAUAAUUUGAUAAAGUAACCAAAAUAUGAAUGAUCUAGACCUCCAUGGCGACUGAUUAGUUUGAGAUACACUUUUAUUACAAUCAGCUUUACUAAUGAAAACUACAUAGCCAUGGUGAAAGCAGUUCUACUUUCAGAUUUUUUGAACAAAAAUUAAGGUUAAUGCAAAAUGUUUACAAUAAAUACAUAAAAUAGAAGUAAUUACUAGGUUGAUAAAAAAUUGAUGUUUUUUUUAUUAUGUAAAUAAAGAAAACAAAAAAAUAUACAUUAUUUUGACAAAACAAAUAGAAAUUGUAUGAAAUAUGUACAGGACAACAAUGGCAAUGUUUCAGUUGAGGAUCAGACAACAGUUUACAUUUUAUAUUGGAGUGACACCUACACAUCAUAGUAAUUUAUUGAAUGUUGGUGAUAGGUACUAUGUUAUAUGUACAUUGUUGAUUUUGUCAAUAAAAAUUUGUCAACUAUUUCUAUACACAAGCUGUAAAUACAAAUGUAAGAUUCACUCCUUACAUUUUCAACUUCAGGGCAUUUUU